AUGUCCUCAGAAAUCCCCCUCCCCAAAAUGCCAUGGAUUCAGCUGGGAGAGCUCGAUCGGGCUUCAACGUUGACGCCCCCACCGGCUCUCUUUCCAGAGAGCACCACGGCUCAGCAGAGGGCAGCAAUGAGGUUUGGAGUUAAUGGGAAUGCUGUGUUCACUGGCGGCACAGGCAUGCUAGCUCUCGCUUCAGCCCGAGCCCUCCUCGAACACGGUCUCUCUGGAAUCGCCCUAUUUGAUCUACCUACUGCCAUCGAAAAGGGACAAUCAGCUAUUGAGACUCUUCGGAAGGACUUCCCUAGCGCAAAGAUACUGGCGGAACCAUGCGACGUCACAGAUGCAGGCGGAAUGCGCGAGACUGUACAGAAGGUCCGGGACCAGUUGGGAGACCUUACUAUCCUCUGCUGCUUCGCUGGUAUGGUCAAUUGCGUUGCGGCGGAAGAUCUGUCCAUCGAGCAGUGGAGACGGGUCAUUGAUGUCAACACGACUGGUUCGUGGAUUGCUGCGCAAACUGUUGGGAAACACAUGAUAUCCAGCGGCCGCGGUGGGAAAAUCGUCCUAGUCUCCUCCAUCAGCGGCCACCGCGUCAACUACCCCCAGCCCCAGAUCGCCUAUAACGUCUCCAAAUCCGCGGUCCUGCACAUGCGCGACAGUCUCGCCGCGGAAUGGACUCGAUAUGGCAUCCGCGUCAACUCCAUCUCUCCCGGAUACAUGGAUACUGUUCUGAAUGAGGGAGAGGACCUGGCGCCUUGGCGAGCGAUCUGGGCGGAUCGCAAUCCGAUGCGUAGGAUGGGGUCGCCGCAGGAAAUGACUGGGCCGGUCGUCUUUCUUUGUAGUGAUAUUGGGGGGAGUUAUGUGAAUGGCACGGAUUUGGUUGUUGACGGAGGUGGAUUGGUCUUUUAA